CCAUUAGCACAAAACAGAGCAAGACAAGAGAGAUAGCACCAGAAAUUAAGAACCCAAUACCAAUUACUACUACUUAUCUUCACUUUAAAUUUGCAUCACAUCUCCAUAUCCAUUCCCAUCUCUUCUUCUAUAUAUAUACAAAAAAUCUCCAAUACUGACUCAUUUCAUAAGGCAGUAGCUUCGUUGUCGUCUGUUAAUUGUCUUAUAACUUAGUCAUAUAUAUGGAGGCAUCUUCACUCAAUACGUUUUCAUGGGUAUUAAUGUCAGUGGUGAUCGUAAUUACCGGCAUACGGGCGGAAGCUGCUACAGCUCCUUCUUCAUCAUAUGAUGAUGAGAGCUCAAGCAGACGCAACCUGCUUGCCAAUGGCCUCGCCUCCACUCCUCCAAUGGGGUGGAAUAGUUGGAAUCACUUUAAUUGUAUGAUUGACGAAAAGAUCAUCAAAGAAACAGCUGAUGCUCUUGUCUCGACCGGUCUUGCCAGCAUGGGAUAUAAGUAUGUCAAUAUAGAUGAUUGCUGGGCUGAAAUAUCUCGUGACGAAAAGGGCGCGCUGGUGCCUAAGAACUCCACGUUUCCUUCGGGCAUUAAGGCCUUGGCCGACUACGUCCACACCAAAGGACUCAAGUUGGGAAUCUACUCAGAUGCCGGGUUUUACACUUGUAGCAAGAAAAUGCCUGGUUCACUUGGGCACGAGGAGCAGGAUGCCAAAACCUUUGCUUUAUGGGGAAUUGAUUAUUUGAAGUAUGACAACUGUAACAACGGCGGACUGAGGCCAACCCUCCGAUAUCCCGUCAUGACUAGAGCUUUGAUGAAAGCCGGCCGCCCGAUCUUCUUCUCACUAUGUGAAUGGGGCGACAUGCACCCGGCCUUGUGGGGUUAUACUGUCGGAAAUAGCUGGAGAACUGCUAACGACAUUUCUGAUACAUGGGAUAGCAUGGUCUCUCGAGCAGAUCAAAAUGAAGUUUAUGCAGACUUUGCUAGGCCUGGUGGUUGGAAUGAUCCCGACAUGCUUGAGGUCGGAAAUGGAGGAAUGACCAAAGACGAAUAUAUAGCUCACUUCAGCAUAUGGGCGAUUUCGAAGGCUCCCCUCCUCAUAGGUUGUGAUGUCAGAAACAUAACUAAAGACACAAUGGAAAUCAUCGCAAAUAAGGAAGUGAUAGCCGUUAAUCAAGAUAAACUAGGUGUUCAGGCUAAAAAGGUUAGGAUGGAAGGUGAUUGGGAGGUGUGGGCAGGCCCUCUUUCACACUAUAGAGUAGCAGUACUGCUGUUGAAUCGAGGAUCUUGGCCUACUUCCAUUACCGCUCACUGGGAUGACAUAGGGAUCCCUUCCGACACUUCUGUUAUAGCCAGAGACCUGUGGGAGCACAAGAGCCUUGAGACAAGAUUUGUAGGAAAUUUGACAGCAACAGUGGAUUCACAUGCCUGUAAGAUGUACGUUUUGAAGCCAAUUUCUUGAGGGAGCCAAAGAUCCAACUUCUCUUCUUCCUCCCUCCCAACGACUUGCAUUUUAAUAAUAAUGAAUGACUUAUUAAUAAAUUAAAUGUUGAUGGUUUCAUUGACAUUCUGGUAUUAUUAUUAACGUGGGUGUUCAUUUGGCCU